AUGCCAGCUAAAUCCAAAUCAAAUAACAGGAUUCAAAAGACAAAAGCUAAUAAAUCCAGCAACAACAACAACAACAACAACAACAAGCACAGGUCUAAGUCUAGUCAAAAAGCAUCAACCUCAACAUCCACUGCCAACACAACAGUAUCUAAAUCAAAAUCAAAAUCUACUAGAAUAAAGCUAGAUAAACUUAAUGCCGACAUAGCUGGCUUCAGCGAAGUAAGUCAACUACUAAAGGAGACUUCCCAAGCAAGUGACAAGGGAAACAAGGAUAAAUUGAAGUCCUUGAAGCUGAUUAAACAGGACCACAUUAAGGAUGAAGAACAGAGAAAGCAGAAUCAACUAGCUAAUAAAGAAAUGAGGAAACAGAUGCAAUUGUUGAAUGAUAUUGGGUUGUGA